AUGAACACGAGGAUAAGACUACAACAACGUGACGUGCUCACCAAGGACCAAACGGAACACCCAAAUCUGAAGAUACUUAGAAGAUCCGGCAUCGUUUCGACGCGAUUCUGGCAAGCUGAGUACGACGCGGUCGAGGUGUCUCUUCAUCCUAGUGAAUCGUCGCCAGUCACCGAAAACAAGGACGCUCGAUACCAGGACGAUGUGCCACAUCUCAUCCUAUUCGGAGAUCGCCUCAAGACAACUAUUGGCUGCCGCCCGACGAAGAGUUUAAAAAAUCGGGCGUACCAAACCAGGGUCGUUGACAAGCGCCGGCGACAGUACUUGAGCACGGUUGGAAAACGAGAUCUUACACUGAGGCCGAUAAACGACUCGCAUGGAUUGCGCGUGUUCGUUCAAGUUACACUCAUCGCGAAAAUCUUCGACCCAGGCUAUUUUAGUGAUGAACACAGCGCAUACAACGAGAACGUCAUCUUGUGGAGACCUCUACAGCUUGAACGCUGUUUUUCCGACAAGGAGGACUGCCCCGUGCGCUCAGAGGUGGACUUGGACAAUGUUCGUGGUGUGCUGGCCGAUCUGGAAAAGGUUGAGCCGGCGGAUCCGAUGAAGAAACUUAAGAAUCUGGCAUAUUGGGAAGAGGUCGUUAAUAAGCAGGGGCGGAGCUUUUUCUACCUUGAACGCAAAUACAGUGGUAUCACCCUUGUCGACACAAAACCACCAACUGCACAGUCUUUGCCACCUCACGCGACGCAGGGCAUCGAGGGGGAUAAGUCCAUUGAUCGCCGCCUGCCGCUUCCAUCGCUCCCGACGAGUAGUCGGCGGCACCCUGCCAUCGCUCAAGUAGCGCCCCUCAGCGACGAAUACAGCUCAUUGUCCGACCUGCUCACUCUCCUCAACAUAUCUGUGUCGCAGGAAGUAGAAGCCUAUUGUCGCCUUCGCGCCCAUACCACGCACAUCCUCUCCAUAGGGGAAGGAAUCUUGUGUUCUCGUCCCUGCAAAGAGCGCAAUGGCUACCAUCGUCGACCUUUAGCCGAGGAUGCCCCGACCGACGACGUGGUGUGGAGUUUUGCGAAGAAAGGCUACCCAGUCGGGUUUGCAAAUCCAACUGAACAAUUGGGCGUAUCCGACGAAUGCACGAGUUCUAUGCUGGAGGAAAUAAACCUUACUGCUGCGUUCAGGAUCAGAGAUCUUUAUGGACCAGACAUAGCCUGUGUUUUUCUCGACGUCAAGGACACCCAAUAG